AUGGGUUCCGUUCCGCAGCCUUCUCAUAGUUCCUUUGAUGUUGUCAUCAUUGGAGCAGGAUUAUCUGGUAUCUGUAGCUUGUAUCAUCUUCGACAGCGAUUUCCCUCAUGGAAAAUCAAAAUCCUCGAAGCGGGCACGGAUGUUGGAGGCACUUGGUAUUGGAAUCGGUACCCUGGAUGCCGGUUUGACUCCGAGUCUCUCUCGUACGGCUUUUCCUUCGAUAAAGAAAUGUUGCAAGAAUGGCAUUGGAAGGAGGCAUUCUCUCCACAACCGGAGACACACAAAUAUAUCCGUCGCGUCGCCGAGAAGAACGACCUAUACAAAGAUAUCAUCUUGAACACCCGAAUCAAGUCAGCUGUUUGGAACGACCAGCAGCACUUCUGGACAUUCGUGGACGAGUUGGGCAACGGCUAUAGUGCACGAUUCUUCAUCAGUUGUCUAGGCUUUCUGUCCUCCCCAACUCUACCCGCAAUUCCUGGGGUAGAAACUUUCAAAGGUGAAUCCUUCCAUACUUCGCGCUGGCCCGACCACAUCGACAUCAAUCGCGAUUUUGCAAAUAAGCGAAUCGGAAUUAUUGGUACAGGUGCCACUGGUAUUCAGACCAUUACAGCCAUCUCCAAAGUUCCCAAUGUCAAAUCGCUGUCCGUUUUCCAAAGGACAGCAAAUUGGUCCGCACCACUGCGAAACUCAGAAAUAUCAGUACAGCAAAUGGACGAGCACAAACGAAACUACGAUGCGAUAUUCAAAAUAUGUGCUGAGACACCAUCAUGCUUUAUGCAUGAAGCCGAUCCACGCAAAUCUACCGAUGUUACCGAGGAAGAGAAGAUCGCCUUAUGGGAAAAGAAAUACAAUGAGCCUGGAUUUGGAAAAUGGCUCGGGGUUUUUAGCGACACGUAUAUUGAUCGUCAAGCAAAUGAAGAGUACUCUCGCUUUAUGGCAGACAAGAUCCGCGCUCGCGUUCACGACAAAGAGACAGCAGAAAGCCUGAUCCCAAAGAACCACGGUUUCGGAACGCGUCGUGUGCCUCUUGAGAGUGGAUACUUCGAGGCUUACAACAAACCUCAUAUCAACUUGGUAGACCUGAAGAAGACGCCGAUUACAAGCAUAAACGAGGGCGGUAUCAACACAACAGAUGGGAAGUUCCAUGAACUGGAUGUCUUGAUUUAUGCGACCGGUUUCGAUGCUAUUACUGGCGCCUUUAACGCAAUCGACUGGCACGCAAAGGAUGAUAGGCCUCUUAUUGCGAGCAGCGACGACAAGACCAAAAAGAAUCCCAUUUGGCCCGACCACAGGCCGCGUACUUUCCUCGGCCUCACCGCCCCAGCAAUGCCCAACACGUUCAUGGUCCUCGGUCCUCACCAGCCUUUUGGAAAUGCGACCCGAAGUAUCGAACAUGCUACACAGGUAAUCACCGACUUACUGGCGUUCUGUAAGGACAAUGGAUAUACAUAUGUUGAGCCCACCGAACAAGCGGUCCAAGAGUGGACUGACCAUGUUGUGGAUUGUAGCAGAAGCAACACUCUUGUCAAUGAGGUGGACAGCUGGAUGACCGGAAUAAACACCAACGUCAAAGGAAAGACUGAGCGCAGUGUCGCUCGCUAUGCUGGUAGUGCUAUUGAGUACCGGAGGCGAUGUGAGGAUUGUAAGGCGUCAGGGUACAAGGGUCUUAAGUUUUACAGAGACAACAGCACUGCAGAUGUUCAGGCUCGGUUGUAA